AGGUGAGAAUGACUUCCACGGCAGGUCGCCUUGCCCAUCAGCAGGAGAGGAAGCGUGGUAUUGGUACCAAGCAGCAUGCGGUGAAAUUCUACCAGCAGGACUAUCACAGUCUGCGUCAGCAGUGUUUGGAGAGGGGACGUCUGUUUGAGGAUGAGCGCUUUCCAGCAGAGCACAAGUCAUUGGGGUACAAUCAGCUGAUGGGUCCAUACUCAUCCAAGGCCAGAGGAGUAGUUUGGAAGAGGCCAAAGGAGCUGUGUUCCAACCCAAUGUUCAUUAACAAUGGCGCCACGAGGACGGACAUUUGCCAAGGAGCUCUGGGUGACUGUUGGCUUCUUGCUGCUAUUGCAUCACUGACUCUAGAUCAGAGGAUUCUAGCUCGUGUGGUGCCACCCGGGCAGAGUUUCUCUGAGGGAUAUGCAGGGAUAUUUCACUUCCAGUUCUGGCAGUUUGGCGAGUGGGUAGAUGUGGUGGUGGAUGACCGUUUGCCCACCCGAGACGGGAAGCUGCUGUUUGUUCACUCUGCCGAGGGAUCAGAAUUUUGGAGUGCACUUCUGGAAAAGGCCUAUGCCAAAUUGUAUGGCUGCUACGAGGCUCUCUCAGGGGGAAACACCAUUGAAGGCUUUGAGGAUUUCACAGGAGGGAUUGGGGAAAUCUACACUUUGGACAAGGCUCCACCUCAGCUCUUCCAAAUUAUGAAAAAGGCGCUAAAGCUGGGCUCGCUUUUGGGCUGCUCUAUUGAUAUCACCAAUACUAACGAGACAGAGGCUGUUACAGCUCUCAAGCUUGUAAAAGGACAUGCUUACUCGGUGACUGGUGCAGAAGAGGUUCACUUUCGAGGCAGGCUGGUUCAACUGGUCCGCAUCAGGAACCCAUGGGGGCAGGUGGAGUGGACUGGGCCUUGGAGUGAUGGAUCCAGUGAAUGGAAAUACGUCAGUGGAGAGGACAAAUCUAAACUGAACCAAGUGGCUGAAGAUGGAGAGUUCUGGAUGUCUUACUUGGACUUCAUGAGACACUUCUCCAAAAUCGAGAUCUGCAAUUUGACUCCAGAUACGCUCAUAUGUGAUGACAUUGGCCACUGGAACCAGUACCAGUUUGAAGGGAUGUGGAGGGUGGGAUCAACUGCAGGAGGCUGCCGCAAUCACCCUGCGACCUUCUCAUCCAACCCUCAGUUUGUGGUACGCCUGGAAGACGUGGAUGAUGAUCCUAUGGAUGGGAAGGAUGGAUGCACUUUUCUUGUGGGGCUGAUGCAAAAGGAUGGGCGCAGGCAGCGGAGGCUCAAUCGUGAUUUUCAGGCUAUUGGUUUUGCUAUUUAUGAGGUCCCAGAUGAGUACAAAGGUCGCAGCAAUGUUCAUCUGGGUCCGGAUGUGCUGCUGCGUCAGAGAGCUGUGGCCAUGAGCAGCACCUUCAUCAACACUCGAGAAGUUUGUGACCGGUUCAGACUUCCUCCAGGAGAAUAUGCCAUCAUCCCGUCUACUUUUCACCCUCACCAGAAUGGCAGCUUUGUUCUCAGAGUGUUCGCAGAGAAAGAAGCUGACACCAGUCCAUUGGAGGAAGACGUUGAUGCUGAAAUAGAGGAGAAGGAGGAAAUAUCAGAAAAUGAUGUGGAUCCUCAUUUCAAAUACCUCUUUGGGAAGAUCGCCGGCAAUGACACAGAGAUUUCCGUCUUUGAAUUGGUUGAGAUUCUGAACCAUGUGGUUUCUCACAGGACGGACAUCAAGACGGAUGGCUUCAGCCUUGAGACAGGUCGUCUUAUCAUCAGUCUACUGGAUAAGGAUGACAGCUCUAUGUUGGGACUAAUGGAAUUCCACACACUUUGGAAUAAAAUUCAGAAAUACUUGGAGAUCUUUAGAAAACAUGACCAAGACAACUCUGGCACCAUGAGUUCCCAUGAAAUGAGAGGCGCUGCCAUUGAAGCAGGUUUCCACAUCAACAGCGCCGUGCUGCAGGCCGUUGUUUGUCGCUACGCUGAUGCUCACUAUGCAAUUGACUUUGACAGCUUCGUAGGCUGCCUCAUUAAAGUGGAAAUGCUCUUCAAAAUGUUUAAGGCUCUGGAACGAGCAGAUUCUGGGAAGAUUGAGCUGAACAUGCAGCAGUGGCUGUGCCUGGCAAUCUACUAGCAACAUAAACAAGGACGCUAUAUACAUUGAAGUAAACCAAAUAAAAAAUAUUGAAAUAAAAUAUUGGGUCAUGAACAGCUCUUGAAAUUAACUGAUGGAG